AUGACGUCUGAAGCCUGCUCGCUGCUUCAGUAUGCCCCUCUGCCCCUCCUCACCCUUAAUGAGACCCCCAUCACAACUGCAGCCUGCUACCAGUUCCUCGGCACCACCACCACCCAGGACCUCAAAACCAUGAUGUGGAACAUCGCUUUGACCUGCUUUGCCGCCAUUUUGGCUGUCGGUUUGGGUUCAGAUGGCCGUCCAGGUGGACCACAAGACAUAGACAUCAAGGAUCCAGGAUUUCAACAGGCUUUGGGCUAUGCCGUUAAAGAAUACAACCACAACAGUAAMCAUCAACACUAUUACGCUUUAGUAGACGUGCUCAAGUCUCAGUCUCAGGUAGUUGCAGGAAUGAACUACAUAAUGACUCUGAAAUUGGGGAAAACUAAUUGCCUCAAGUUCACCAUCAGUAACUACUGUCCCGUUAUUGAAGACUCACACAAAGCUAAUUUCAUCACCUGCACAUUCACUGUGUGGUUCGACACAMAGCACAACAAGAAGAAGGUGAUAGGAGCCAAAUGCUGAGAGACAACUGAUUGUUUCUUCGUUCAAAA